CUCCACACUUUCCUACUCUCUCUCCUUCUUUGCUCCUUCUAUAAAUUUCAACCAUAACAUGAAACUGGUUCAAGACAAGUUGCUUAUUUAAUCUUCAUCUUGAUCUAUAUAUAUAUAUAUAUAUAUAUACACACACACGCACGCACACAUAUAUUCAAAACCAUCUUGACUUCUGGAAGUUGGUAAUUUGUUUAAACUAAGCAAAACAAAGAUUAUAUUGCAACAAAGAGCAAUGGAAGAUGAAGGAGAAGGAGGAGGGAUUGCAAAGGUGUCGUCGACCACGGCGGCGACAACGACGUCGUCGAAGACGGAUAAUAAAGAAGGGAAAAGAAAGGUCGUUAAAGAUGAUGAGCAGAAGGUGUCGUUUUAUAAGCUGUUCUCGUUUGCCGACCGGUCGGAUGUCGUUUUGAUGAUUGUGGGGACGAUAGCCGCCAUUGGAAACGGCGUGUCGCAGCCUCUCAUGAUUCUCAUAUUUGGGCAGCUGAUUAACUCUUUUGGUACUUCUAGCAGUUCUAAUAUCAUUGAUGAGGUUUCAGAGGUUUCUUUGAACUUCGUAUACUUGGCAAUUGGUACUGGUAUUGCUGCAUUUCUACAGGUAUCAUGUUGGAUGGUUACUGGAGAAAGACAAGCCACCCGUAUUCGAGGUUUGUACUUGAAAACAAUACUAAGGCAAGAUAUAGCCUUUUUCGACACCGAAACUACAACUGGAGAAGUCAUUGGGAGGAUGUCUGGGGAUACCAUUCUCAUUCAAGAUGCAAUGGGUGAAAAGGUGGGGAAGUUCAUACAACUUGUUGCAACAUUUUUCGGUGGCUUUGCCAUUGCAUUUGCCAAAGGAUGGCUUCUUUCCCUGGUUCUGCUUUCAUGUAUCCCAGCCAUUAUCAUUGCUGGUGGAGUCAUUGCGACCGUGACAACAAAAAUGUCGAGCCAAGGACAGCUGGCUUAUGCAGAAGCUGGCAAUGUAGUAGAGCAAACUGUUGGAUCCAUUAGAACAGUUGCAUCAUUCACAGGGGAGAAGAGAGCAAUUGACAAAUACGACAAGAAGCUUGAUGCUGCCUACAAAUCAGCAACCCACCAAGGAUUGGUCUCAGGGUUUGGACUCGGAGUUGUUUUGCUUAUUAUCUUUGGGACUUAUGGACUUGCUGUUUGGUAUGGAUCUAAACUGAUCAUUGACAAAGGAUACAAUGGAGGAGAUGUCAUAAAUGUAAUUUUCGCAAUCCUGACAGGUGGAAUGUCAUUAGGUCAGGCAUCCCCAUGCUUGAAUGCAUUUGCUUCAGGGCAAGCUGCUGCUUAUAAAAUGUUCGAGACAAUCCAUCGACGACCGAAAAUUGAUGCUUCUGAUAACAGUGGAAUUGUGUUGGAAGACAUAAAAGGAGAUAUUGAACUCAAAGAUGUAUACUUCACAUAUCCUGCAAGGCCGGAUGUGCAGAUUUUUGAUGGGUUCUCAAUGAAGGUUCCAAGUGGGAAAACUGCUGCUUUAGUUGGGCAAAGUGGGAGCGGAAAAUCAACAGUCAUCAGCCUUAUAGAAAGAUUUUAUGAUCCAGAUGCUGGUGAAGUACUUUUUGAUGGUGUUGAUUUGAAGAAAUUGCAGCUAAGAUUCAUAAGAGAGAAGAUUGGGUUGGUUAGUCAAGAACCUGUUUUAUUUGCUACAACUAUAAAGGAAAAUAUAGCUUAUGGGAAGGAAAAGGCAACUGAAGAGGAGAUUAGAACAGCAAUUGAGCUUGCUAAUGCAGCAAAAUUUAUUGACAAGCUUCCUAAGGGGUUGGAUACAUUGGCUGGUGAGCAUGGAACACAGCUAUCUGGUGGACAAAAACAGAGAAUAGCAAUUGCAAGGGCAAUUUUGAAGAAUCCCAGAAUUCUCCUUCUUGAUGAAGCAACGAGUGCACUGGAUUCUGAGUCCGAGCGUAUUGUUCAAGAGGCAUUGGUUAGAGUAAUGGAAAACCGGACAACUGUAGUUGUUGCACAUAGAUUGACAACUAUCAGGAAUGCUGACAUUAUAGCUGUGGUGCAUCAAGGGAAGCUUGUAGAACAAGGAACACAUGCUGAGUUGAUCAAAGAUCCAGAAGGAGCUUACUCUCAGCUAGUUAGGCUUCAAGAAGGAGCUAUUGAAACAGAAAUUACACAAACUUAUGAGACUGAUAACGCAAAUGGAAGUUUCGAACUUGACAAGUCCAUUUUAAGAUCUGGGAGCCAGAGAUUAUCAUUGAAGAGAUCCAUAAGUAGAGGUUCAUCAAGUAGCAGGCAUUCUCUCACUCUUGGCUUUGGUCUUGCUGGUCCAAUUAAUUUUCAUGAUGUUGGAGAAAGAAAUGAUCCAGAGAAUUCAGAGGUGGAUCCUGAAAUGCGUGAAAAAGUUUCCAUCAAAAGAUUAGCCUACCUAAAUAAGCCUGAGCUUCCAGUUUUACUGCUUGGAUCAGUUGCUGCAAUGGUCAAUGGUGUCCUUUUCCCUGUAUUUGGCCUCAUACUCUCAAGUUCAAUUGAAAUGUUUUACAAACCUCCAAAUGAGCUAAGAAAGGAUUCCAAAUUUUGGGCACUUAUGUUUCUGGCUAUGGGUUUUGUUGGUUUUGUUGUAUCUCCGAUCCAAAAUUACCUAUUUGGAAUUGCUGGUGGAAAAUUGAUACGACGGAUUCGUUCAUUAACAUUUGCAAAGGUUGUUCACCAAGAAAUCAGUUGGUUUGACGAUGCUGCAAAUUCUAGGUGUGUGUAUAUAUAUAGAGCAACAAGUUUCAUAAGCUUUUUCAUUAUGAGUUCCUCAAAACUGAUCUUUAUAUACUUUUGCAGUGGUGCAGUUGGUGCAAGAUUGUUUUCAGAUGCUUCAACAGUUAAAAGUCUUGUUGGUGAUGCUUUGGCCUUGUUGGCUCAGAAUGCAACUACGAUUGUGGCAGGGCUAGUCAUAGCAUUCACAGCUAAUUGGAUAUUGGCACUGAUAGUUCUUGCUGUGUCGCCAAUCUUGGUAGCGCAGGGCGUUAUUCAGACAAAAUUCCUAGAAGGAUUCAGUGCUGAUGCCAAGGUUAUGUAUGAAGAAGCCAGUCAAGUGGCAAACGAUGCAGUUGGUAGCAUUAGAACAGUUGCAUCAUUUUGUGCUGAGGAAAAGGUUAUGGAAAUGUACAAGAAGAAGUGUGAAGCUCCAAUGAGUCAAGGAGUAAGGUUAGGACUCAUAAGUGGUGCAGGCUUUGGUUUUUCUUUCUUUGCACUCUUCUGCAUAAAUGCAUUCAUUUUCUACAUUGGAGCUGUCCUUGAGAAAAAUGGAAAAGCUACAUUUGGGGAAGUUUUCAAGGUUUUCUUUGCUUUGACAAUUUCAGCAAUGGGGGUUUCCCAAAGUAGUGCCAUGGCUCCUGACACUACCAAAGCCAAGGAUUCAGCAGCUUCAAUAUUUGGAAUUCUUGAUAGCAAGCCUAAGAUUGAUUCAAGCAGCAAUGAAGGGAUAACACUACCAACUAUAAAAGGCGAUAUUGAGUUCGAACAUGUGAGCUUUAAAUAUCCCACAAGACCUGAUAUUGAAAUUUUCAGAGACUUCUGUUUGAGUAUUCCCUCUGGAAAGACUGUUGCUUUGGUUGGAGAAAGUGGAAGUGGAAAAUCAACAGCAAUAAGCCUAAUAGAGAGAUUUUACGACCCCACUUCAGGACAUAUAACAUUAGAUGGAGUUGAAAUCCAAAAGUUGAAGCUAAGUUGGUUAAGGCAACAAAUGGGAUUGGUUAGCCAAGAACCAAUUCUCUUCAACGAGACAAUUCGAGACAACAUAGCUUAUGGAAAACAAGGAGAUGUUAGUGAGGAAGAGAUAAUUGCAGCAACAAAGUCAGCAAAUGCACACAAUUUCAUAUCAUCAUUGCCAAAUGGCUAUGAAACAUCAGUUGGGGAAAGAGGGAUACAAUUAUCCGGAGGGCAAAAGCAAAGAAUAGCCAUUGCUAGAGCGAUUCUGAAGAACCCAAAAAUACUUUUGCUUGAUGAAGCUACAAGUGCAUUGGAUGCAGAAUCUGAAAGAGUGGUACAAGAUGCAUUGGAUAGAGUUAUGAUGGAUAGAACAACUGUCGUCGUUGCUCAUCGGCUUUCAACAAUCAAAGGCGCUGACAUAAUUGCAGUGGUGAAGAAUGGUGUGGUUGCGGAGAAGGGAACUCAUGAUUUUUUGAUGAAGAUUAAUGAUGGUGCCUAUGCGUCUCUUGUGGCACUUCACAAGAGUUCUUCAACAUGAGAAAAAGGAGAAAAAACACACGCAUACACACACAUACACACACAUACACAAAAUUUUAUAUAUGAUUUUGUAGAGUUGUAGGAGGUUUGCAUUUAAAUUUAUAGGGUUGAAAGUUGGCCGCUUCCACAGAAAACUGCUCAAUAUGUAAGAUUAAUAUGAUUAGCGAUUAUUCUUUAACAUUCAAUAUUUCCCUUUUUUUA